UGCAUGUGAGAGAGACAGCGAGUGGGAGGCAAGCUUUGUGUGGAGAAACAGAAUGAACGGGCUGUUAUUUUAGUCUAGCGCAUUAAUUCACUUGUUUAAUAUUUCUUUCCAUACACAACAUAUGAAUUGGUAUUUUCCGGCUUUGGAACUGGGAGAGGUUUACAUCUCAAAUUAUCAUCACCUCCGCAAGGAAAUAACGGGCAGGGCUGCUGCUACUGGUAUAUUUAUUUAUUUCCCCUCAUGCGUCCUGCAACGUUGUGGGAAACGCGAUCGAGCCAGGCAGCGAUCUCUGAUUUAUGAUGGAUUAAUGAUCGUGUGAGCUUGCAUAUGAAAGAAAGGCUUCCAAUGCUGAACAUGUCCACUCCCAGUGACCUCAAGUCUCCCUGCAUGACACGGAACGGCAUGGUCAAGCUGCCCCCCCAGCCCAAUGGCCUCGGUUCGGCCAGCAUCACUAAAGGCACACCAGCUGCCAAGAAUCGCCUGUGCCAGUCGUCCUCUGUGCCCACCAUCUUGCCUCCCCCUAGCCUGCCGUAUCACCUGGAGCCCCUGCCCACAGCCGCCUCAUUGUUGGGCCCCGACCUGGACACGAGCCCCGUGACUGCCAUCAAACCUCCCCUCCGGCAAUUCCCCAAACCCCUGCUGGAGAGACAACUGGUGCUGGACGAAAAGGUGCUGAACCGACUCUUAUGGUACUUCACCACAGCAGAAAAGUGCACUCUAGCCCAGGUGUGCAAGACGUGGCGGAAAGUGCUGUACCAGCCCAAGUUCUGGGAAGGUGUGAUGCCCAUUCUACAUGCCAAGGAACUCUACACUAUCCUGCCCAAUGGGGAGAAGGAGUUUGUUAGCCUGCAGGCUUUUGCUCUUAGAGGCUUCCAGUCUUUCUGUCUGGUGGGGGUCUCUGAUUUGGACAUUUGUGAGUUCAUCGACAACUAUCCGCUGUCAAAAAAGGGAGUCAAGUCUGUCAGUCUUAAGAGGUCGACUAUCACGGAUGCAGGACUUGAGGUGAUGCUGGAACAGAUGCAAGGGCUGAUGCAUCUUGAACUUUCCGGCUGCAAUGAUUUUACAGAAGCCGGCCUGUGGUCCAGCUUGAAUGCACGGCUUACCUCUCUCAGCGUAAGCGACUGCAUCAACGUGGCAGACGACGCCAUCGCCGCCAUUUCUCAGCUGCUUCCCAACCUAUCGGAGCUCAGCUUACAGGCCUAUCAUGUGACCGACACGGCCAUGGCCUACUUCACCGCCAAGCAAGGCUACACCACCCAUACACUGCGCCUGAACUCCUGCUGGGAGAUCACCAACCAUGGCGUAGUCAACAUGGUGCACAGCCUGCCCAACCUCACCUCCCUCAGCCUGUCGGGCUGCUCGAAGAUCACGGACGAUGGCGUGGAGUUGGUUGCAGAGAAUCUGAGGAAACUCCGAAGUCUGGAUCUGUCCUGGUGCCCCCGCAUUACUGACAUGGCACUGGAGUAUGUCGCCUGUGACCUACACAAACUGGAGGAGCUGGUUCUGGAUCGAUGUGUGCGGAUCACAGAUACUGGCCUGGGUUACUUAUCUACCAUGUCAACUCUGAGAAGUCUCUACCUGCGCUGGUGUUGUCAAGUGCAAGACUUUGGGUUACAGCAUCUAUAUGGCAUGAGGAGUCUUCGUCUUCUCUCUCUAGCAGGGUGCCCUCUGCUGACCACCACUGGUCUAUCAGGCCUGAUCCAACUGCAGGAGCUAGAAGAGCUGGAACUGACCAACUGCCCUGGGGCCACAGCCGAACUCUUCAAAUACUACUCCCAGCAUCUGCCCCGCUGCAUGGUCAUCGAGUAGAGCAAAGAGUUUCAUGGGCACCAGCACCCACCACAUCACCAAAACCUCCUACAGACUGAUGAUAAACCCAACUUCAUCCUGGACCCACAGGGAGAAUCAAUGAGAGAAAUUGAAAGGAAGUUUAUUUUCUGGAGGGGUGAAAAGGGAUCAUUGACAUGGAAGAUAAAAAGGGAAAUCUGCGAAAAGAGGUCGGAAUGGGCUUGGAGUGGCGAGCGAGAGGGAAUAUGUACAAAGCGCAGUGGCUAGAUCUCACAUUAAAUAACAUGACACAUAGGAAUCAGCCCCCACACAUACAUGAAACACGUUCCUCCACUGAACUGUGAGACUAGUUUCCAUGUCUCAUCCAAAACUGUUUAUCUUGAAGUGACAAAGGUGUGCGCUGCCUGUUUGAGCUGUCUCUCAUAUCCAGGGAAAGAUAGAGAGGAACCAAGACGUUUAAGCAAAAGAAGGAGGUUAAAGAGCCACUGCAACAGGGUCUCUUCGCUUUUGUCCAACGCCACCUGGGUUUCUCGCUCCCCUCAGUGGUGCUGCCGCCGCUCCAUGUCUCUGUGUCUUAAUUGAGAACUUUAGAGAUGAACAGCUACGUAGAGUUUUACAUCAACGCUACUUGCUUUUUGUCAUGCGGUUCUCUUUUUGUCUUUUUUUUUAAAUAUUAUUUUUUUAAGUAUUAUUUUUGAUGAUAAGGAUUACUGUGAAACGUUUGGGGUGUGAGUUUGAGGUUUGGGACAUUUUGAAAUAAGAUGGAAAUCCAGGUACGGUGAAGGUACAGUAUUAAGAGGUACUGUCCUUUGAAAGGAACCAGCAUAAUCAGAAGUCAGGAGGUUAUUUUUUUUCCCCAGCAGAUUGCUCUUUUAAAGACAUUUCCAGAUAUUUUGAGUUGGGGAGCGGAGCGGAGCGGAACUGCUCAUACAUUUUAAUGUGGUUCAAAGGGACUGUGGUUUGUACAAAAGAUAGCUUGGAUUUUUCAUCUGCCUGUUUUGCUUUAAUUCCAUUUAAUGUCAAUUGAUAUUAGUGGCUUAUGUGCAGGUUUCCAUAUUAAUCCUGAUUCAAAUGAAGAUGAGAUCUUUGAGUGAUCCCAUAAUGCAGCGGAGCCACGUGACGGCCUUUCACAGCCUGAAACUGCACGGCAUUGCUUACUUGUCAUCAGACCAAACCAUUACAGCAUGGCAAUUCUACCAUAGUUUCUUACUGUACAGGGACUCUUUCAGCUCAAAUGCUUUUAAACACAUCUGAUGAAUACGGUUUACAGUGAUUUGCAUCAAAUGCAGAGGCAGGCCAGUGUAAUUAAAGUGAUCACAUACAUCCCACACAAGAUUAUUACAUUAGUCUCUCUUCAUCUAGUAGUUUUGCUUUCCAUUUAAGCAAUACCCACAUGUCUGCUUUUAGAUCAGUAGCGCCUCUUUUAUUUUCAGAGAUGCAGGGUUCUUCGCCCUCACAAUUCUGCUCAUCUGUGGUGCCUACCUCAUUGUAAAAUUGGGGUACAUGGAAUUUUGUUAUUUUUAACCCGCUCUAUACCCAUUUUGUCUUCUCAGGAGAUUAAUGUGCUGCUCAUAUCAUCUGCUGAACACUUAAUGUUCACCUACUUUACCCAAUCUCAAACUUAAAACAUGCAAAAAAAAGGCACAAUACACAAAUUUUGGAGUCUUAGAUUGGUAAAUAAUUUAAUUAAAAGCAACGUGAAAUGUUUACGUCUGAAUAUUAUAAUGUGGACAGUAUAGUGCAUACUACUUUAUUUCUUCAGGAAAUUAUACAAAAAUUUACUUUUAGAUCAAUUGACUUGCAAUAUAAUGCACUUAAAUCAGGGAUUUGGCUGGUUAGUGCCCCUGCUGGUAAAUGCCUGAACUACGUUGUCUGGACUCAAAUAACAACUUCUUCUGACUAAACAACUAGACGUAUUUCAUAACAAUGGCAUUGAAGACCCAUUUUGGGUUCUCCGAAAACCCUAGCAGUGAACAGUUUUUAAACCAGUUCUUAAAAUUGGCCACCAUUUUGCUAACAAAGAGCCUUUAUUUAUAAGAGUGAAACCAAUGAGAUGAAUGAUAGUUGAAAGGAGUGCUAGCUUUCUCCACCUCCUUGGUUCAAACAUAAAGCGAUCUUACUGAGAACAAAACAGAUGGAUACUAUGUCAAGUCCUAAAUCAUCUGGCUUUAAAGAUAACAGAUUAUAUCUAUUUACAUACAUUUAAACAUUAACACUCAGCUCAGACAGUCGAUCUCUCUUCGUGUAUAUAGUGACCUGUUAAAUGGGGUGGGGGGGAUCACAAAUAAUUAGCGCUAGCGGCUGCUGCUCAUACCCAUUGAGACUUUUAAUCUCACUACCUUGUGUGAAUUUUAUCUUUUGAAUCAUUGAAGUUGUUACUUAUUUAUUUGCUUUUACUUAGUGGGUUAAUUUAUUGACACGAAGCACAUAUUUAUUUAUUUAUUACAUUUACGAGGAUGGAACAAGGUUGUUUAUUUAUAAGUAGAACAGAUUUUUGAAGGGGUAACUGAGAAGACAGGAACUAGUGUGGGAAUUGGAGUUUUUGUCAGAUAAAUUGGCCUUUUUUGCCAUGGUUUCAACGGUUAAACUGCAUCCUCUGAGGCUCUUGUUUUUGGCGGGAAAACUGUUGACACACAGCUGACAGAACUCAUGGAAAGGCAAAAACUGGUUGACAGAGGCAUGGCUGACCUUUUCUAACCCUCUUGCAGCCCAAUACUUUUUUUUCUUGGUGACUCAUUUUGUUUUUGUUUUUAAAAUGAAUGUCAGUUGAGUUAUAGUGAAAUGGCAUUAUCUCCAGGAUUGGAUGUUAAACAUUCUGCACCAGUAAUUCAUAUGAGUGCAAUUUUUAUUUUAUUUUUAUUUUUUUUGCUGUGUUUGGUUGAUUUGAGGUAUCCUGAUAACUGUUAGAAGACAUUUAGCAGUAUUUACUCUCACCGAUUGUCUUUUAAAGAAAAGAACAGCGUUUAAAGGUUUAAAGCAAAUCCCAUCAAAGCUCUUUUCAUUCCGUAUGUCUCCAUUGAUAACAUAAACAGAACCAUUUGAGAUGAAUGAAAUAAAAAUAGAUCAUUAUUAUUAUAUAUCAAAGGCAUUGCAUAGUAUUUGAGGACAAUUAUAUGAAACUGUCGGAGAUAUUGUAUUAAUCUUGUAUAAAUAAUAUGUUUUCACUUCAAACCCAAGCCUUUUCCCUCUUUGUAUGGAAUCAGAGUUUAUGUGUGUGGGAUUGAUUUCUUUCACCUAAUAGAACUUUAAAUAUAAAUAUUAUAACUCAUGCACUAACCCCACUGUAAUCUGUAAAUAUAUAUCAAUAUGUUGAGGUCAUCUGUCAGAAGGUUUCAACUGUUUUUGAGGCUGCUGGCUCGAGCGCGUCUAACUGAAAACCUGGCCAAGGAAAGUGUCAAGAUAUGCAAAAAGUCUUUUAGUGAUGAAUCACAUCAGCAAUCGAUAGUAUAAGAGACUUAAGCUUGUUUCACUUUGUACAUUGAGCUAAUAUCAAAGACAUGUUAAUACGGGCUAAAUGCAAGAGUAUCAACAGAUGUUUAUUGUGUCUACAUUGACACUGCGUGGGCACACGCCUGCUGCCUUCCUCAUAUGAUCAAGGCAGGGUUACAUGAAAUACUGGUACUGUGUAAAUUUCACUUAUCUGGCUGCCAGAUAUGGAGUUUUUCCUGUCUGAUUUACACUGUAAAUUUAAACCAUUAUAAAAGGCCAGUUUCCAUGAACAGUGCUCCUCUGUUCUUGCUCUCUGGAGUUUUACUAGCUUACCACAUCCAGAGUGUGUUGGCAGUUUCUGUUCACCCUCCAGCUAGCUUUUAUCUCUAAAUGUCUGGCGCUUUUAAUUGUUAAGCGAAUAGAAUAAAUCAUCUGUUCAUCUAACUCUUCCCAACUAACAUAUGUCAGGAUUGUUUCUUUUUAUAAAUUUGAGAACGACAUGAUUCAAUAACAGAAAGCGACUCCUUUGUUUGCUCUUUUAUGUACAUGUAAUACUAAAACGAUAUUAAUAAUGCUUUUGACAUUCAUACAGGGUCAGUAACGACUUUUAUUCUGGUGCAAACAUGGUUUGGGUGAAUGUGGUUCAACAGCCUAUAUUGAGCAAUGUUAGAUAUCCUCCUCACACUGAUUAUUGAAAAUGUUUCUUUCAUUUAUUUGGUAUUAUAUUUUUACUGGUGUGACACGGGCAUGUCACGGUUCUCGGUUAUUUAGGGUACAUUUAUUUCUGUAAAUACUGUUGUGGUGGUUAAUUUAAAAUGAAAGAGAAAAAAAAGAUGAACUCCAUUUUUAUGAACUCCAUCUCAUGGCUGCAGUGCCUUGUCAGACAAGCGUUGUUGUUUUCAAUUGAUUGGUUCCAGUCUGCACCGUUUUAGUAAAAGUUGUACAAAAUAAGCAUCA